ACAGGUGUGAGCCACCAGUGCCCAGCAAAGUUUUUCUUUUUUGAUAAAGGCUCACCUUAACCCACACAGAGACUUUUUUGGAUCUGUCUAAGGAGUCGAGAACAAGGAGAUAUCACAGUGAGCCCUGCUAACUGCUCUCCUCCCCAUAAACAGAGCCCAGCUCACCUCUUUGUCUAAGGAACAACUGCAUUUAGGCAGACACUUCCCUCCUGCCUAGCCCUCCGCAUCCAGUGCUUUGUUUAUCUGUCAGAUUGGGCAGACUGUCUGAGUCUGUGAGUGGGUUAAUAGGUGGACAAAGACACGGGUCAGACAAGGAGGGGCCAGGACCCUCCCUUCUCCUCCUCUGGCCAGCCUGAGACAGUGGCAGCUCUGGAGUAGGAUGGGUGUUUUAGGUCAGAAUGUUCUAUCAGGAAUAGGGGGCAGGUCCCUCCCUCCAACGGCUCUUAACCCUGGGGAGGUUCUACUGGCUAGAGGAUUGCUGGGUAACCUAGAAAUGCCUACAUCUCCCUACCCCCUAAAGGCCUUGCUUCCCCACCAUAUUCCCUAUGUCCCUGUACACUGACACUUGGCACCUGGCUUGUCCCAGGGAUGGGGAGGUUGUCCUCAGCUCACCCCCAGUCCCACAUUUGUGGGCUUCAGUUCUUAGUCCUGUGCUGCCCUGUCCCCUUCUCCAGUCCUGAUGCAUAGGGCCUCUACAGGAAGUGGCCCCAAACCAGCCCGCCUUUAACAGAUUGCUGGGUGAAUGAGGGCAUUGCCUGCCUGGCCUGGUACUCCCUUCCUGGGGUUUGGCUCCUGCCCUGGGGCAGACAGUUGCAAAUCAUAGGCUAUCACUGCUGGAACCUAGCUUUGCUGAACCUAUUUUAGAUCUCCCUCUUUGCUCCCCCUAGGGCCAAGCCAGUGCUUUUACUGAGAUUGCUGGUCUUUUGGAAAAGAAUAGGGGCUAGAGGGUGUGGAGCAGUCCCCAGGGAAGGGGUAGGGGUGACAUCAUAAUCUGGCACCCUCUUUGUCACCCAUCCUCCAUCAAUCCCGGGGCCCUGCCCUGGUAGCCGCAGCCCCCAACCACAACAUCCUUUGGGUUUGGCCUAUAGGGCCAACACACAUGGCCCUCAAUUAACCCUGGCAGUGUCCCCUGCCCUGCCUGUACCACGGGGGCACAGCCCAGUGGGUAUAUAAAGUGCUGGUAGCUGCAAGUUAGCUGAAUUCUGAGCAGCAACCCUGCCAAAGUGCUGACAGACACCAUGAGAACCCUCACCCUCCUCACCCUGCUGACCCUGGCUGCACUCUGCCUCACUGGCUGGGCAGAUGGGAAGCCCAGUGGCACAGAGUCUGGCAAAAGCCUUCAAUCCAAGAAGGAAGGCAGUGAGCUGAUGAAGAGACCCAGGCGCUACCUGGACCAGGGGCCAGGAGCUCCAGCCCCCUACCCAGAUCCCCUGGAGCCCAAGAGGGAGGUAUGUGAAUUGAACCCCAACUGCGAUGAGCUGGCUGACCACAUCGGUUUCCAAGAGGCCUAUCAACGCUUCUAUGGCACAGCCUAGGGCAUG